UCCCAAAAUCAUUCUUUUGACUCAAUCCAAAAUCUUUCUCCUUUAUCUAUAUCUCUCUCGCCGAUCAAAAACCCUAGAAUUUUCAAUUCUCGCUCGCCGCGGUUUCUUCCAUUGUUAUGUACGUUUGAUCUCGUUGUCUCCACUGAAAGAGACGAAGAGAGAAAGAAGGUUUUAGGUUGUGUUCUGUUUUUAAGGGUUUACUUCUCGUUGACCCGAUCGAUUGUUACGGAGAUGGUUGAUUCUUCUCCUGAUUCGUGUUUCAAAGCUGGUAAGUUUAGCGCUCCAGGUUUUCGAUUUCACCCGACUGAUGAAGAGCUUGUGGUUUAUUAUCUUAAGAGGAAGAUCUGUUGUAGAAAACUUAGAAUCAACGCCAUUGGUGUCGUUGAUGUUUACAAAGUCGAUCCUUCUGAAUUGCCUGGUCUAUCGAUGUUGAAGACGGGAGAUCGACAGUGGUUCUUUUUCACUCCAAGGAAUAGGAAGUAUCCAAACGCAGCUAGGUCAAGCAGAGGUACUGCUACUGGGUAUUGGAAGGCAACGGGAAAGGAUCGAGUCAUUGAGUACAAUUCCAGAUCGGUUGGACUCAAGAAGACUCUUGUUUUCUAUAGAGGUCGGGCUCCUAAUGGUGAGCGAACUGACUGGGUGAUGCACGAGUACACGAUGGAUGAAGAAGAGCUUGGGAGAUGUAAGAACGCCAAGGAGUAUUAUGCUCUUUAUAAGCUGUACAAGAAAAGUGGGGCUGGUCCCAAAAAUGGUGAACAGUAUGGUGCUCCGUUUCAAGAAGAAGAAUGGGUUGAUAGUGAUAGUGAAGACGCAGAUAAUGUUGCUGCACCGGAGUAUCCUGUGGUUCGUUAUGAGAACAGUUGUCGUGUGGAUGAUACUAAAUUUUGCAGUCCUGUCAAUCUUCAGUUAGAGGAUAUCGAGAAGCUUCUCAAUGAAGUCCCAGAUGCACCCGGGGUUAACUCAAGACAAUUCAAUGAGUUUGUUGGUGUUCCGCAGGGUAAUAGCGCAGAAGUGAUAGAAAGCACAUUGCUGAAUAAUUCUUCUGGAGAGUUUCUUGACCCCCGGAAAAUUGGAGUGUUCUUGCCAAAUGGCCAGCCAUACAACAGGCACUCGAGUUUUCAGUCCCAACUGAAGUCAGCAAACUCAUUUGAGGCUACCUCUGGUAUGGCACCUCUUCUAGAUUUUGAGAAGGAGGAGGACUACAUUGAAAUGGAUGAUCUUCUGAUCCCUGAACUCGGAGCUUCUCUAACUGAGAAAUCCACAGAGUUCUUGAGACAUGGUGAAUUUGGUGAUGUUAAUGAAUAUGACCAAUUGUUCCAUGACAUUCCCGUGUCUUUGGAUGACCCUGUUUUUCAGGGAACUUCUACAAAUCUGUCUUCUCUGAGUAAUUUUACUAAUAACACAUCAGACCAGAGACAGCAAUACCUUAAUCAACAGUUUCAGUACCAGGCCCCUGAGAACCAGCUGAAUAACUUCAUGUAUCCUAGUACCACUAUUAAUCAGUUCACUGACAAUAUGUGGUUUAAAGAUGAUCAGGCUGCUCUCUUUGUUCAACCACAAUCUUCUUCUGGAGCAUUCGCUUCACAGUCAACAGGUGUGAUGCCUGAGUCUAUGAAUCCCACUAUGAGUGUAAAUGCCCAAGACAAGGAAGGCCAAAAUGGUGGUGGAACAAGGAGCCAGUUCUCAUCAGCUCUGUGGGAAUUAUUGGAAUCAAUACCAUCUACACCAGCCUCGGCCUGUGAAGGUCCUCUUAACCAGAACUUUGUGCGUAUGUCUAGCUUCAGCCGGAUCAGGUUCAACGGAACGUCAGUGACUAGUAGAAAAGUCACUGUAGCAAAGAAGCGUAUCAGUAACAGAGGUUUUCUUCUGUUAUCAAUAAUGGGUGCUUUGUGUGCCAUCUUCUGGGUGUUCAUAGCCACAGUUGGAGUUUUGGGAAGACCUGUCUUGUCGUGACCUAGACUCUUGUUUCAGGAUAAAUUAGAAGAAAGCAUGAUCCUCAUUAGUGAUCACGGAAUUGAUAUAUGAAUCUUUGGUUAUGUAUAGAGUUUAAUUCUUAACAAAUGGCUUUUUUUUUUCUUCUGGAUUCUCUGAUGCUUUUGAUUGCAUAUCUUAUGGGUU